AUGGCUCGCAACAGCGAAAAGGCGCAGUCUAUGCUUUUCCGCUUCCGCGCUGCGCAAGCCGCUGAUCUUGGAAUCCUCGACAUAGGACGUACCCGCCGUCCCAAGGCCAUCACAUCCGUCACUUCGAUUCCCGUAUGCGAGAAAUGGCGGGGACAAGUGCUCAAGGAAAUAUCGCGCAAAGUCUCGCGCAUCCAGGAUCAAAGCUUGAGUGACUACCAAAUCCGCGACUUGAAUGAUGAGAUCAAUAAAGCGAUGAGAGAGAAGUGGAUGUGGGAAGUGCAGAUACGAAACCUUGGAGGACCGAAUUAUACGCGUGGUGGCGGGAGGGUAUAUGAUGAUGAUGGUAGGGAAAUACCGGGUGGCGGGAAGGGCUAUAGAUAUUUUGGAAGGGCAAAAGAGUUGCCAGGUGUCAAGGAGAUGUUCGAGGCUGCUGCGAAGAAGCAAAGUAGGAGAAGUAAAGAGGAGGAUACUGAUGGUGGGGGAAGAGUGGUUGAUAUAUCCCGGAGACACGUCGAUGCUGCGUAUUUUGGAUAUGACUUGGAUGAAGAGGAUGGGACGCUGUUGGAAUAUGAAUCGCAGAAGGAAAAAGAAGCUUUCGAGAAUAUGCUGAAGAGAGGCGAGGAUGAGGCAGCUGACGGGUGGGCGCCUCUUCCGGGUGAUGCUGGGGAUGGUGUCGAGUGGAGGCUGCCGACUCUCGAAGAGGUCCAAGAGGAGUUGGUGGAUAGACGGCGGCGGAGAUUACUUGACAAAAUCCUUUGA